AUGGAAACCGCCGUCAGGCAUUACUUCAAUGCCAACUUUGAAAUAAGCAGGUACACGAUUGAGAAUACAGAUAUACCUCCGGGAAUCCCAGAUGGCGAAGUUGUCUCUGAUCUCUAUAUAUAUGAACCUGGAAAAGAUCCGUAUGAGCUGGUGCUCCAGGAGCAUUAUGAGAGACUUCCAUUACGGCUUUUAUUACCACCCACGGCUCUUGGUCGGGUACGCCAAAAAGGUUAUAAUGUAGUAAAAUUACCUCGGCCUCUUCAGGAAGAGAUUUUUUAA